AUGGACCAAGAUCCACAAUUAGCAGUUUCUCAAGAUCUUCAGCGUGCUCUGUUGACCGCGGAAUUCGUAUCAAAAAGUGGAAGUUCGAACCAGGAUCAAGGUGAAGAUGAAUUAUUCGAGUUAGACCCUCAAAUAUUUGAUAGAUGGGUUCCUCUUUUGCGCCAAACUAUUGACGAAGGCCAAUUGAAUACUGUAAUCGAUGAUCUGUAUGCCUCAAUUGAUGAUCACUUCGAAAAUCUUGAGACCCAAAUUCUACAGGAUUCUCAAAUAAACAACAACCUAGUAACUUCUAUUAACGAAAUUCAGAAAGUUCAGCAGAUUAUAGACGGAUCAUUACAAAAUGAUAUUAAGAAUUUACAAAGCCAAGUACGACACUCUACCUUGAACUUAGUUUCCAGGAAACAGAUACUGAUUGAUAACACCAAGACUUCCUCCAAGAUUACAGAAUCUUCGAUUCUCAUUCAAAAAGUUCUACAAAUUCUUGAGCUCUUUAACCGCUGCCGUGAACUAAUAGAAGAGAAGGAUUUCUUCAAAGCUUUACAAACAAUAGAAACAUUCGAAACUAUAUAUCUCCAGGAUUUCAAACAGUACAAUUUUGAAUUUCUUAAUCAAAUAUAUACAUCAAUCCCGAUGUUGAAAUCCCAAAUUAAAGACGAAUCAAUCAACCUAAUUAAGAAAUCGUUAAAUUACAACCUUGAGAAAACAUUCAGCGUUAUAGGUGAAAAAUACUACGAUGUAUAUGAGACUCAGAUUUUACAAGACUGGCUAAAGACCAAACAAUCCAUGAAAUUACACAACUAUAAAUUUAAUUCUCCUGUCGAAAUAUCAUUGCGUGACACUUCAAAACUUGAUUCUUUACAAUUACAAAACUUCUGUCAGCUUCAUGAAUUUCAUGACUCAAUAUUGAUUUUUCAAUCUUUGAAUGAAAUGGAUUUCUUUAUCGAUGAAUUUCGUAAAGAAUACGAGUUCAGGAAGUCAAAACUAAUUCACCCGUUAUUUCUGAAAGAUUUUUCGACGGUAUCUCAUUCAAACGGAAAGAUAGACGCUUUUGCUGAGAAACUAGACCUAAGUUUUUUUAAAGAGUACAUUCUUAAGAUUUUGGGUUUCCUUGUGUACGACAAAGAGUUGCAUAAGUCGACUGACUAUGUUCUCUCAAACAAUAAUAACCCUAACUCGACUGACAUAUUUUGGACGUCUAUCAUGAACAAGUUGUACCCAUAUUUGAUUACAAUGGUAAAAGAGAAAUUGACCACCGAGCAGUUGUUAACCGAAUUCAAAGAUUUCCUUGGCGUUCUUAUAGCAAUUCUAGAAAAUUUGAAACUAAAUGUAGAGUUACUUUACAAAGUACAAGUCGAAACAUUCAGUCAGUACUGCGAACUACUUGUAUUUUUAUUUCAGAAAGAAUUCACCAACUUGUUGCAAGAUGAUGACUUUAUGCCUUUGGCAAUUACUGACAAGGCAUUAUAUGAAAAAAUUUUGAAAAUAUGUUGGUUGGCAGAUCAGGGAUCAGACACAUCUAACACAACAAAUGACAACUUUUCUGCGACUUUUCCGUUCUCACCCCUGUAUCCAAUGACCUGUACUUUAGUGAAAAAAACAUACUCCAGUUUGCACUCCUUCAUUUCUAUUUUUUACAAACACGAUAUAUCACAUUUAAACCUGAUAGUGAUAAAAGCAAUCGACAACAUAUUCGAUAGAGUUGUCAACGAUAACAUAAAGAGUAAGUUAGAUACUACCUCCAGAGAAGAAAUUGCCCAAAUUUUGGUAAACUUGGAUUAUUUUGUGAUUGCUGCCAAAGAAUUCAGUUUGAUUUUGACAAGAGAGAAUCUAACAAAUAAUCCUGACGUAGAGAUCAGACUAUCUUCCAUCAAGAAGCUAAUUGAAACAAGAAAAGAAGCAGAAACUAAAUUGAUCACUUUGAUUGAUUCCAAGGUAAUAGAUCUCAUGGAAUUUAUUGAAUUUGAUUGGAAUUCAACUGAGGUACGAACCGAGCCUGAUAUGACAAUCGUUGAUAUUGCGCAGUUUUUAGAAAUGAUGUUUACAUCUACUUUGGCCAUCAUCCCGUACAAUAUCAAAAUGUUAUUGAUAUUCCGUGAAUUUGAUGUAAUAACCAGAAGGUUUUUGGAGAAACUACUAAACGAAACUCCAGACAGAAUUUCUCCUCAGAGUGUUCAGAAUUUCGAAACUGAUAUGUUGUACUUAGAGAAGACUAUCACCAAAAUAUUUCCGAACGAUGUUUCUAGUGUGCCAACAAGUCCGUCGAUACCUGCUACCCCAACGGAUGUACCAAGCACUGCCGGAAACAGAUCAUCAACUCAAGUUGAAAAUAAUAUAAAGUCGUUACUGUCGACUUUUACAGAUUUGAAGCAGCAUAUUGGACUCAUGAAAAUUAAUCACUGGGAUGAAUACAAGGAUAACGAUAUUAGAUUGAAAAAGUACUCAAGAGUCAAACCAGAAGUUGCACAAUCUCUUCUCUCGAAACUUCAACCACCUUCGUCAGAGCAAUCAAAUCUAGUAUCAGACGAAGGUUCUUCGGCUGAAAGUCGGGCUAAUAGUAGAUUUGCUAAAUUAUUCAGUAGAGGUUAA